AUAAUUUCGAAAUCAUUCAUUGGUAGUCUAUUCGGCCCGUAGAGCGGUGUUGUUUAAAGUUGAUUAGUUGAAACUAAAUUAAUAUAAACCAAAAAUGGUGAGCUUCACUGCUCGUGGUCUAAUGCCUCCAGUCUUCACUCCACUUAAUGAUGACCACACCAUAAACUAUGGAGUUAUUCCCGUUUACGCAAAGUUCUUGGCUGAUUCAGGGAUCAAGUCCGUUUUGGUUGGAGGUACAACAGGCGAGCAUAUGUCCCUAUCUGUGGCCGACAGGAAAAAAGUCGUUGAUGCUUGGGUGGUAGCAGCCAAGACUACAGGCCUUCACAUACAAGUGCAAGUCGGGGGCGCACCCUUAGCUGAUGUUAUUGAACUGGCUCGUUUCUGCCAAGAUGUCGGAGCGGACUCCUUACUGACCCUUCCUGAAUUAUACUUCAAGCCAGCCACAGUCGAUGACCUGGUGUUCUACGUGUCACAAGUCGCUAAGGCCGCUCCCAAACUCCCAGUAUUGUACUACCAUAUUCCCAGCAUGAGCAAGGUUGAAAUAAAUAUGCCAGCAUUUGUGACAGCUGCCACAGCGAGCAUCCCUAACUUCAAGGGUAUUAAGUUCACCUCCAACGACCUGAGCGAAGGUGCUCAAGUUCUCAGAGCUCUGAAGGAUGGCCAGGAGAUGUUCCUCGGAGCUGAUACUCUCAUCGCUCCAGCAGCGCUUUUAGGCAUUAAAUCCAGCAUCGGGACAAGUUUCAACCUGUUCCCGAAACUGGCGCAGGAAAUUGUAGAAGCGGUUGAGAAGAACGACGUGGUCAAAGCCAGGGCUCUGCAGGAAAAACUCAGCUUGGCUAUUGAAGCGCACACCGUGGAAGGUCCCUGGGUACCUAUAAUGAAGGCUGGUAUGGAGAUAGUUACUGGCAUCAAGGUUGGACCUCCUUCUCUCCCACAGAAGCCCCUCUCUUCUGAAGCUAAGCAAAGGAUUCACUCCAAACUGAGAACACUCGGCCUGAGCAAGUGAAAAUGAAUCUUGUAACCUUUUGUGUUAUGUUUAUUCUCGUAAAGCAAGCUUUUUUGUGAAAUAAUGUUGUUGUCAAUAUAUUAAAAUUGUUAACUGUUUGAUGUUAUUUUAUUUCUGAUGCUUAAUGUAUGAU